AUGUUUGUUGCUUGUAGGUAUACUAAUGUAACACCUGUUUCAAAAAAAGAAUCGUCUAUAGAAUUUUGGAGCAAAGCCUUAGAUCCUAUUGCUAAUAGAGAGUUAUUAAAAAGUCUUUAUAAAAAUAAUAUUAUGCAAUUAGAUAAAAAAAUUUUAUCACCAGUACCAGAACCACAUCUGCAAGAUACAACAUUCUGGAAUAGCUUUAGAGACACUAUGCUUUCAAACAAAAAAG